UUUUCAUUGUCCUAAAGUAGUUUGAUUAUACGUUAUUAUCAUCUUCUAAAAGUUAAAAAUGUGAAUGCGAGGAUUUGUUGUUGAUUAUUAUUAUUAUUAUCUUCUUCUUAAGAACGUGACAACUGACAAAUAAAAUAAAUGGAGAUGGUAACGGGCUCUGUCACGAGAUGUGAUUGCCACGUAAGCAUCAUCUCCCCCCCACUACCAAGUCAGACCACCGAACGUUUCCUGAUAUCAGCGACAUUAUCCACCCCCCGUAAUUUCCGACGGCACAGACUUCACCGGCGUCGGAGCACAGCCACCAUGUUUCGUUUCGGAAGUCUAAUGAAAAACUCGGUAGCUAAACCCAAGAGAAUCACCGGAACAACUAAUCUCCUUUUGACUUCUCUGUCUCGAUUCAGCACUGCCAGCCAGGGCGACCCACUGCUGCAGGAGGCUCAGCCGUCGACGCUGGGGCCUACAAAACCCGAUGAGAAGCCGAGGGUGGUGGUCUUGGGAUCUGGCUGGGCAGGGUGCAGGCUGAUGAAAGGCCUGGACCCGAAUUUAUACGAUAUAGUUUGUGUGUCCCCAAGGAAUCAUAUGGUGUUUACGCCUCUUUUGGCUUCUACCUGCGUCGGGACUCUGGAGUUCCGGUCCGUCGCUGAGCCCAUUGCUCGGAUCCAGCCUGCCAUCUCUCGUGCACCCGGGUCUUACUUCUUUCUUGCUAAUUGUGUUGGCUUGGAUGCUGAUAGCCAUGAGGUGCAUUGUGAAACUGUUACUGGUGUUGAUGGACCAAACCCCUUAAAAACAUGGAAGUUUAAUCUCUCAUAUGAUAAAUUAGUUAUUGCAUCUGGAGCUCAAGCAUCGACUUUUGGUAUCAAUGGUGUCAAGGAACAUGCAAUUUUCUUACGGGAAGUUCAUCAUGCUCAGGAAAUUCGCAGGAAGCUACUGCUAAACUUGAUGCUAUCUGAUGUGCCAGGGAUUUCUGAAGAAGAGAAACGGAGAUUGCUGCACUGUGUUGUGGUGGGAGGUGGACCUACAGGAGUUGAGUUCAGUGGUGAACUCAGUGAUUUUAUUAUGAGAGAUGUUCACCAAAGAUAUGCACACGUCAAAGAUUACAUUCAUGUCACUCUGAUUGAGGCUAAUGAGAUAUUAUCUUCUUUUGAUGAUCGUCUCCGACGCUAUGCAAUUAAGCAGUUGACUACAUCAGGAGUUCGUCUAGUCCGUGGCAUUGUCAAGGAUGUCAAGCCUCAAAAGCUAAUUCUGAGUGAUGAUUCGGAGGUUCCAUAUGGGCUGCUAGUAUGGUCAACAGGUGUUGGUCCUUCCCCUUUUGUUAGCUCUCUGCAACUGCCAAAGGCUCCAGGUGGAAGGAUUGGUAUUGAUGAGUGGCUUCGAGUUCCAUCAGUGCAAGAUGUCUUUUCCAUUGGUGACUGCAGUGGGUUUGUAGAGAGUACUGGCAAACAAGUGCUUCCAGCUUUGGCCCAGGUAAGCUAGAACAAUUCUACCUUUUUUUCCCCCUUUCCACUUUCAUUCUUUAUGUGCUUGUAGAUUUGAAGAAUCCCAAGGUAGAACUGCAGGCUUUGGUGGAAAUUGGACUUUGCAGGCCCGCCUUUACUUUGCUAAUUUGUGGCAUCGGCCAAGUAAAGGGAGGUCUUGCAUUUUUAUGUUCUUUAGUUUUAUAAAGUGACAAAACUAAGUCUUCUCAAUGUGAUUUUGAUGAGGCCACAGGUUAAUUUCAUUAUGAGUUAUUUUAGACAACUUACAUCUUUUUCUGUAUUUCUUGGAAGCCAAUUUGUAUAUUAUUUCUCCUUGUUGUUCCUGCAAAAUGUUUCUUCUUUUGUACAGGUUGCGGAGCGGCAAGGGAAGUAUCUUGCAGAAAUGUUGAAUAAAAUUGGUAAAGCUGGAGGAGGGCGUGCUAACAGUGCCAAGGAUAUAGAAAUUGGAGAUCCAUUUGUGUACAAGCAUUUAGGAAGCAUGGCAACCAUUGGCAGAUACAAGGCUCUUGUCGACCUAAGAGAGAGCAAGGAGGCAAAGGGAUUGUCUAUUGCAGGAUUUGCCAGUUGGUUUGUAUGGCGCUCAGCAUAUCUAACCCGCGUCAUUAGCUGGAGGAACAGAUUCUACGUUGCAAUUAACUGGCUCACAACCUUGGUGUUUGGCCGGGACAUAAGCAGAAUAUAGUUUUUUAGACAUU